AAAAAUUGCAGAUGUUCUUUAUAUUAUCAGUUAGCAACAGGUGGUAAAAUUAUUGUAUAUAUAUGCGUAUGAAUCUGAAUUUGGUCGGAGGUCAGACUAACAAUUUUUUUAUCCUAAACUCCGAUCUUCGAAAGCCACAUCAUGACGAGCAUUGUACUGCCCUUUCUACUGUCCAUGUUUCUGGGUCGGACCAUAGACUUGACAACUUAUACUGUUGGAGGUGAUAUUUACGAUCAUCAAGACUACAUAGAAACCCCUUUGAAUAUAACGAGUACCAGGUACUAUGUAUUUCAAGACAACACAUACCCUUACCCUACCAUGGGUAUCCCGGUGGACAUUGUGCUGCGAAUCAAAGGCAACUAUUUGAGUUCAACUUCUGGAAUAAUGGGCUUGGAUGGAGUUUUAAAGGAUACUAUAUGGAAAUAUGAUAGUGUCAUGGUGGCCAUCUUUACUGUGAUUCAAACGACUCGCAGAGAUCUGAAACCAGAUGCAAGCCUCGUUUCCAACUGGACAGACCGACUUGAAGAUACGCAGACCCACUAUGUAAAUUCUAUUAUUUAUGGAGGCUGGAACGCAAUUUUUCUCCGACUGAAAUGUGACUUACCUGGUGACAUUGAAGCAGUGAGGAAAACUUUGGCAUCCGUUCUUGGAGUGACUGGGCAAGUAGGACCGGAAAUAGUGGAAUUAUGGAAGGAAGCUAUUGAAAAAAUAGAGAAAGAUGAAUUUAUUCGAGGCAAAGUAAGAGUCGGCGUUCAGACAUAUUCAACUACUCCUCUUACUUACGUUGAUUUAACCGUAGAAAAUAUACUGGAAAUAAUCUCAGAAUUUCCCAAGAAAGUUGGUGAAUUAGGUCAACCGCUGUACGUGGAAUUAAAGCCUUUGCAUGAAUUGGAUCCUAAGUUCCCUGCUGUUCAAGAAAACCA